AUGCCCGGCAGGUUCUCUUCGCUGAGGCGAUCAACGAGACCAAAAGGUCCCGUCUUAUCGUCGAGUUCGCGCAAACCGGCCACGCUCUUUGGCUCGUCCAAGUCUCGACCUUCUUCCUCCCAUGGACAACCUCCAGGCGGGGGGCUGUUGAGACCUCCCACGCUGGGAGGAGGCUCUUCUCGAAGAUCCAGGUCCCAUGAGGCCAGUCGCCGACCCCGAUAUCCCCCAACGUCGAGUCCGAGAGAUUCCUACUAUGGCCGUCCCAAGAGAAAGGAAACCCGUUGGCGGUCCGUGUCGCCUCGCGCCCGACCACCUCCGCCCAGACCAACGGAUCGCGUCCUUCGACGUCGCAUGAACCGAGACUCUGAUAUGUCCGCCGACGAGGACAGCAGGCCUGUCUCUCGUCGGCCAUCGCUGAGUCCUCCCCGUUAUCGCACCGAUCGACCUCCCAGACAAGAACGCCCAAGACCUCCAGCUCUUGGGCACGAAGCACCACCAUCGCCAUGGCCACCGUCUCCGAGGGUGCCGACGAGCGCACGUCCCCCGAUGAGGUCAUAUCCAACAGAUAGUUAUAGACCAGAUGCCCAACGACGACCGUUGUAUGAUGCGCCACGCUCCCCAAGAUAUCCUCCUCGGGCACCGAGGCCGUCGCCUCCUCCGGGCUAUAGACCAGCACCUCAUCUCGCCUCAGAGAUGCUGCGUGGGAGGCCCAGGUCAAGAGAUAGAUCGCCGCUGCCCCGCCAUCAUGAUACCGGCCCCUCUGCCGAUCGCGAAAGGAGACAUCCCCCUGCUGGCCCGGCUAAACCACAGGCCGCUCCUGAAAGGCCAGUCAAACCUCAAGCUGCUCCCGAAAGGUCGGCCAAGCAUCAGGGGCUCCAUGAAAGGCCGCCCAUCAGGCUUCCGGACAGACCGGCUCCCAAACCUGCGGCCACACCUGCAGAAAAGCCUGCCCAGAAGCCUGCCCAGAAGCCUGCUGAGAAGCCCAGCGAGAAACCCGCUGAGAAACCUGCUCCAGACCAGCAAAAGAGCAAGUCAAAUGAGUUUCUUCAACAUCUCCCAAAAGCGCUCGCAACGUAUAUUGGCGUCAAAUCGUUGAAUGAGCACGCCGACACGGCCAAAGAGUGGGCCGACUGGUUCAUGAACAUCCAAAAAGCCCCAGAUGAGAUGCGCGGUCUCUCUAGCAAAGUGACUGCAGCCAAGGACACCAUCGACCAGAUCCAGAAUACCAUUACCGCGCGCCCCGAUUUACUGGAAGGCGAAAGUGCCGAUGCUCUUAGGCAACUGAUCGAGUCGGCCAUCAAGAAUGCCAAGGUGGCCCUGGAUAAGAUGACCAAGCUUCUCCAGGACCUGAGCGAUGAUGGCCUAGAAGGGACGGUCUGGGAGGGUUUCCACAACUUCUAUAGCUCGUAUAGAUACAAGAAUGAGUGGGAGGACAAGAUCAAGGCAGCGGACGCCGAUCUCGAGAAGCAGUUGGGAACUCUCAACUCGCUCAUGGUCAACAUUUACUCACGUGCCCUCAUGAAGCCAGCACCUCCAGGGAUGAGCAAUCCACCUCCACCGCCAGGGUCGAGCAAGCCAUCUGCCUCUACAGAAGCAAGACGGUCGUCUCAUGAGCACAGCUCUUCGAGAUCAAGGGCUGGUUCAACUGGACUGGACCCUCCUCCGAUGGGUCAAUUUUACAGACCUCCAAGUCCAAACCCGACACCUGUGCCAGAAAACCCUGCGGAAGAAGCGGCUCCAGAAGCUGCAAGCUCCGAGCCUGCAUCCAACGAAAAGACGCCUCCAACUGAGGGACAUUCUGAAGAGAAAUCGCCAGAAAGCAACACUGACAGCAAACAAGCUUGGUCAACUCCGCCAACCGGAGCCCCGACCAAAGAUAACGUCCAGGCCGAUACUGAUUCAACUCAGGCACCGAAAUCCCCACCUAACGCUGCUGCACAGCAACCGAGCGAGCCCAAGAAUGACGAGCCCAAGAAUGAAGAAGCCACCCGUGAAGAGCCUCCCCCACAGCCAAAUGCUGCAAAGGCCAAGGCGCCUAAACAGCGAGAGCCAGCAGACGAUCCCGAAGAUGUGCUCCUUGAUGCUGCCUGGAAUGGCGACAUCGGCGCUUGCGGAGAAGCUCUUCGCAUCGCAUCGCCACUGACGCGUGACCUUCAAGGUCUAACACCACUGCACCUCGCGGCGGAACGUGAUCAUCUUGCCAUCGCGAUGCUAUUGCUUGAUCACGGCGCCGACUGUAACGCCCGCGCCAACGGAGGUCGAACGCCAUUGCAUCUCGCGGCGAGGUUUGGCUCAGCGGCCAUGGUCGAGUUUCUCGUAGAUGACGGUCGCGCAGACCCCAAUGCGAGGACAAAUGAUGGACGUACGCCUCUGCACUACGCAGCAAGUGCUGCAGUGGACGGAGACGACGAGAGGAGAGAAGUCGUCAGGAUUCUUAGAGAUUGGCGAGCAGACCCGACGGUUGAGGACAACAAGGGCAGAACGCCUCGAGACCUCGCACAGAAGCGAGACUAUUGGGACGUCUCAUCGACGCUGAGGAGAGCUGAGAAGAAAUGGGAGGAGGAUCACAACCCAAAUUGGCUUCAGCGACACGGAUUCAUGAAAUAG